AAUUAUGUAAAAGUUAGUAAUUAUGUAGAAAAAGAAGUUCGCCAUUUGGUCGAAAAUAAAAGUCAAUAGUCACUUUAAUGAGUAUAGCCAUUGCUAUAAACAUAAUCGUUGCUCGUUCAGUGGUAAUUGACGAAUUUUCAUGGCCAGCGUGUGAUAACGUUCUGACUUUACACUGAACAAGGUUUGUGAUCGAACCUGAUAGUUUUUAGGUCGUUUUAGAAGACUGACCUCCACGCUUGAUUAAAGCUUGUUACUGAAAUGUCUGAGAAGGAAAUAAGCCUUGUCAAAUACUUCCUGAGCGGAGGAUUUGGAGGGAUAUGCACCAUCGUGGUGGGUCACCCCCUAGACACAAUAAAACUGUACCUUAUCUAAUUAUAAGUAGGAUUAUGAAGUCCUGCUGUUUUUCUCUGUGAAGAGGACUGGCCCUAUUAAUGGACAAUGUUAGGUCCGUCUUCAAACCAUGCCUGUACCAGGUCCGAAUGGAACAGUGUUAUAUAAUGGAACAAUUGAUUGUGCUAGGAAAACAAUCACAAAGGAAGGAGUGCGUGGAUUAUAUAAGGGUAUGGGUGCCCCUUUAUGCGGCGUAGCUCCAGUAUUUGCCAUAAGCUUUUAUGGAUUUGGACUUGGCAAGCAGUUAGUAAGAACGUCUGACAAUGAGGAAUUAUCUCCUUUGCAACUAUUUUAUGCUGGUGCAUUUAGUGGCAUCUUUACAACUAUUAUAAUGACACCUGGUGAAAGAAUAAAGUGUCUUUUGCAAAUACAACAGGGCGAUGCAAAGCCCAAAUAUAAAGGCCCUAUCGACUGUGCGAAGCAACUUUAUAAGAACGGAGGAAUUAGAAAUAUUUAUAAAGGUACCUGUGCUACUCUUCUGAGAGAUGUUCCUGCUAGUGGGAUGUAUUUUAUGACGUAUGAAUGCUUAAAAAAGUGGAUGACCCCCGAAGGUAACAAAGUAGGAAUAUUACAAACAAUUAUUGCUGGUGGUUUCGCUGGUAUAGCAAACUGGAUUGUUGGAAUGCCACCUGAUGUAUUGAAAAGUCGUUUACAAAGUGCUCCAGAUGGCACAUUCAAAAACGGGAUUCGCGAUGUCUUUGUAAUCCUGAUGAAAGAAGAGGGGCCAAGGGCAUUGUAUAAAGGAUGUGUACCGGUGAUGCUUCGCGCGUUUCCAGCAAACGCAGCAUGCUUUCUUGGAUUUGAAGUUGCUAUAAAGUUCUUGAAUUGGGUAUUGCCUAAUAUGUAAUGCAAAGUUUUAUAAGAGAUCUGCAGAUAACCACCAGUUACAUGUUGAAUCGAUAGUAUAUCCAUAAAGUAUCCUAUCUUAAUUAAAGAUACAAGUGAUAUAUAGUCAUAUAUUUUUGUAUAAUAGCACUCAUGUUGGUGGUUUUAUAAUGAAUUUUCAACGAACUAUUAUCCCACUUUAUUUUUGUCAGUGAUGGUGUUGUAUAAGUAGUUCUUUAAGCACGUCAUAUAUACAGUUGUUUUUAUAGUUUGUAUACAAU